AUGUGUUUACAAUUACUACCACGUGAGUCUGCUUAGAAAGAUCAGAAUACAUAUGAUGUUUAUUCCACACCUAAGCGCUUAUGAUAGAAAUUAACGAUUUACACGUUUCUCUUCGAUUUACUUUCGGUGAGGCAUUUUGUUUGACAAGUCAGUUCUCAAAUUUCCCAUUCUCAGAAAUAAGAAGAGUGCUUUCUUUGUCACUUUACACUGAGUUAAGCCACAUCCUUCCUUAAAUCCUUAGUGACUUUGAUUGGUCACAGUAACCGCAGUUCGCGGAGCACUCAAGCAACUUAAUAUGCUUAGUUUCAUUCGUUUAACCGCAGUAGCAAAUUAAUUGCUCAUGUCUCAUAUUUUGACUCACAUAACGAUUAUUUCUGUCUUGAUAGAAAAACGCAGUCUUCAAAUAUACGGAAACACCAAGACUGACAAGAAAAAGAUUCUCCUUGUUCCUGAAGAGGCCGGACUGCAGAACGUCGUAGUAUCGAUAGUGGGAAGUGACGAAUGCUAUCAUAGUACAUAUUUCUGUAAUCGUUUUGUACUCAUUUUGUCGCAAACUUUGUGCACUAAAUCUUUAAAUUGCUCUGAAUCAUGCAUCGCCAUCAUUUGCAGUCGUAACUUAAUCUGUUGCUCACUUCAAUUAUGCGUCCUCCAUUGACAGAACCCUUUAGUGACUCAUUCACCGAAUCAUUCUGCGCUAAACGUGAUUUUAUGGACUCGCUAACACUAGUGUUUGACAAAGACAUUAAGGUAAGCAAACCUUGAUUUACAGUGCUUGUCUAGUUGUGUUAUAAUUUAUUUUACAUUUGCACGACAUUUACAAUAUUUGAUGCCAUCGUGCCCUCAUCAGUUUGCGCAUACAAGUGUAUUGGUGAAACUUGAUACAUGCACAACAUCUGCUUUGCAUUCUGAAGGAAGUAUAUCUUGGGGUCCCCAUUUCAAAGUUUUCAACGAAUGCGGCUGUAAAUGGCGCGGAACUGUUUAUACCAUAUGGUAAGUUGACAUUUAAUGAUGAUCGUUUGGGAAAUGAAAGUGCGGGCUGGGAAUUUAACUGCUAUUUGGAUGUUUCAGAACCAAUCAAUGGUCAGGAAUACAAACUCUUGCGGAUCAUCGGUAAAGUGGAGGAGACCAGUCUAUCCUUCACACUGA